CACAGCUCGAGUCAAACACGAGCCGAGACAGUAUCGAAGCAGAGCGAGAGAGAAACCACUCGAAAUCUCUGUGGAUUACUUUCGCCUUCAAAGAUCGACAUAUUCUUUGGAAUAAUAUUAUUUGGAGGAAUUUCGAUUUCUGGAUUAUAAUAUAAUUUAAGGACAAACAUGACUCUGGAGGAAGUUGUUGGAUGCAGCAGCACUGACAGAAAAAUGGAAACAGUACGUGAAGCUCUCGAGGAGCUGCUAGUGGCUGCGCAACGACAAAACUGUCUGACAGUUGGAGUCUACGAGUCUGCACAACUCAUGAAUGUUGACCCAGACUGCGUGGUCCUGUGCGUUUUGGCGACCGAUGAGGAGGACGAAAGUGAUGUUGCGCUUCAGAUCCACUUCACGCUCAUCCAAGCUUUCUGCUGUGACAUCGAUAUCAACAUUGUGCGUGUGUCCGGCAUGAGGCGUUUAGCACAGGUUCUCGAGGAGCCUCUCUCCACUGACAGCAACGCCAAUGAGCCAAGAGACCUCCACUGCAUACUUGUAACUAACCCACAAGCUGAGCAUCUGAAGCUGAACGAGGUGGGGAGUUACUGCAAGGAAAGCCGUUGCAGGAACCAGUGGGUGCCCUCCAUUGCCCUGCAAGAGCGUUGAGCUAUUCUGCACUGAAAUGUGCUGAAGAGAAAAGGAAUAUUGAUGUCGUCCUUCUACUGUCAUGAGGACACACUCAUCAAUUAAAGGGGACUGUCUAAUAGUCCAUUCCAGAGCUUCCACUUCCAUGUUUGUGGAAUUCGAAGUGUCAGAGGAUACUUGAGACAUUCGUCCAUGUUCCUCAUAAUGCAUGGUCGGUGUUAUCGCCCUUUGGAAGGACCAAAGGAGCACCAAGGGUGGUUGUGGACUGUGUCGUACCUCUAAAGGGAUGCAGCAAGGAUGCUACGGGAUAUUUCCAGACGGCGGCGUAUGGCCGCACUUUGCA